GGGAACACAUGGCGGGGCCAGUGCGACAUGAACGUGAAAGUGGGUUAUAACAGAACACCACGAGGAAGAAGAAGGAGAAACAGGAAGAUGGAGAGGGCAGCUGAUGGUGACACAUCUUAGAAGCAGGUUCUAUGCUGCGACUCAGGACCUCUGCAGAAGAACGAAGCAGCUGUGAGAUCGCCCAGCUCAGACAAGCGGUUCUACAAAACGAUGACCGACUCCUCGAUGAGAUGCUCUGCCAAGAAGUCUACAAGAAGGUCAUCAACUGCAGAGGCGGCUGGGGGAUCGCCGGCACGCCCCUGCACGCCGCCGUGUCCAAAGGCCACCUCAGCUGUCUGCAGGUGCUGCUGGGCCACGGCGCCCUGGUAGACUGCGUGGAUGUCAAGGCCCAAACCCCUCUGUUCGCGGCCGUGCGCGGCAAAUACCUGGACUGCGUCUUAGCGCUCCUCAGGGCUGGCGCCAACCCCAACGGGAACGCGUCCAACAACUGCUCCCCGGUCCUCACCGCCGCUCGGGAGGGCGACGUGGAGAUACUGAAGGAGCUGCUGCGACGCGGCGCCGAGGUGAACUCCCGCUCCAAGGUCUUACUGUGGACUUCCAGCGCCAGGGUGUCCAGCGGGCCGCUGUACCUGGCCGCCGUUUACGGACACAUGGAGUGCUUCAAGCUGCUGCUCCUGUAUGGGGCCGACCCGGAUUACAACUGCACGGACGCAAAGCUGCUGGGUUCCAUCAAGCAGCCCAAAACGGUGCUGGAGAUGUGCCUGAGGCACGGCUGCGGCGUGGAGUACAUCCAGCUCCUGAUCGACUUUGGCGCCAACGUCUACCUCCCCACGCUGAUCAUCGAGAAGUCCACGAAGCAGAACGAAGCCGUGGAGCUGCUUCUGGAGGAAAGAGGGAAUCCAAAGGCCUUGACUUCACAGUGCCGACUCUCCGUCCGAAGAUACCUCAAAAAGAUCAACAGGAUCCACCGAAUCGACAAGCUGGACCUGCCGACGCGUCUCAUCAACUUCCUACAACACAGGCCGGCCCCCGUCACGCUCCCGUGGCCCGCCGAGCCCAAGGCCCCCCGCUGUGAAUUCAUUGUUAUUUAACUGUGUGACUCAGUGAACCACGUUUGUUUUAGAUUCCGUCAGUGGGAGCAUUAAAUGUGUGUGUCUCAGUCGCCGUGUCUUAUUCUUAGCACUCCCCCCGUGGCGAUCGCAGGACGCUUCCCGGAGCUGCAGUUCUUCUUCGUCACAAGUUCAUCACAAGUCGGUUGCUUCAGAAGAGCCGUUUGUGCUGAGCAAACUACCGGUUCAGGGUCAGCAUGCAUAACCCUCUCCGGGUCGUAGACUUCUAACAUUCAUAACGUUCAACAAAACACAUGCAAUAUUUGACUUUUUUUUUAGGUCAACCUCUUCUGUUCUUGUUAGUUCUGCUGCAUGCAUCAACAACAGAGACAAAAGAGAGAAUCACUUUUGGUUGUUUAAUUAUGUAGAAACUUCUCAUGUUAUUUAGCAUUAACUUCAGCAUUUAAAUAAUUAGACAUGUGCCUCCUCACACUGGCCAGUGGGGGGCAGUAGAUUAUUGCAAGAAGAAGGCACUGCGAGGAUAUCAAAGUAACUUUUAACAAGUAAACAAGUUACUUUAAUCCUAAUGAGAC